UCUAUACUGACAUCUGCUGGCAGGGAGGAAUAUUACAUUUCAAGAGCUUUUAUUUUGAAUUGUGGAGAUUCGCAGCUGUUGUUAAACCUCUGUUGACAGUGGGACGAGUGUGAAGUGAAUACAGCAGUGAAUGCUGCAAAUCACAGGAGGAUGGACUCCAGUGGGAAACCCUCAACUGCACAGAUCGUGGUUUUAGCCACCAGCUCAGCCCUGACUGCAGUCUUCUAUUCCAUUUACAAGAGCCGAGCUACAACGGUUGCCAGAUUAAAGGAAGCCAAGAAAGUCUCCAUUGAUCAGGAUUUAAAAAACCUCCUGUCUGAAACUCCUGGACGAUGUGUCCCAUAUGCUGUCAUAGAAGGUGUAGUGAGAUCUGUGAAGGAAACUCUGAGCAGCCAGUUUGUUGAUAACUGCAAAGGUGUGAUUGAAAGACUGACCUUGAAAGAGGAAAAGAUGGUGUGGAAUCGCACCACUCAUCUCUGGAACAACACAGAGAAAAUCAUCCACCAGCGCACCAACACCGUUCCCUUUGCCCUUGGGUCUCACGACGACGAUAUCGCCGCCACAGUGCGGGUUAUACGUCCGCUAGACGCUGCCGAGUUGGACCUGGAGACCACAUACGAGAACUUCCACCCCACGGUCCAGUCCCUGUCCAACGUUAUAGGCCACUUCAUUAGCGGGGAGCGCCCCAAGGGCAUCCACGAAACGGAGGAGAUGCUGCGGCUGGAAGACAGCGUCACAGGCGUAGGCGAGCUGGUCCUGGAUAACAACCUGAUCAAGCUCCAGCCUCCCAAACAGGGCUUCCGCUACUUUCUCACUCGGCUGGACUACGAGUCUCUUCUCAGGAAGCAGGGGAACAGUGUCCGGCUGUGGCGGAUUUUGACCGUCGUCUUCGGCAUCGCCGCGUGUUCCACGCUCCUCUUCAUCCUGUGGAAGCGAUACGUGCACCACCGAGAGAGCAAGAAGGAGAGAAGCAUGCUCGAGGAGUUCAAGGAGCAGCAGAAGAAACGCAUGCGUGAACUCAACGUAGAAGAAAGCAGCGUGACGCCCACCAGCUGUACUGUCUGCCUGAGCCGGGAGCGGUCCUGCGUGUUUCUCGACUGUGGCCACGUGUGUGCCUGUGCCCAGUGCUACGACGUCCUGCCAGCGCCAAAGAAAUGCCCCAUCUGCAGGGCAACAAUAGACAGGGUGGUGCCUCUUUACAACAGCUAAUGUACAGAAAUGUGAGUAGGAAGUCCACUCAGUCAUCAUAACACUGGAGAUAUGUCAUGCCAAAGCUGCCUGUUCAGGCUUAAAAAAAAAAAGGUAAUAUCAGUAUAUUUUGUUGCACUUUUUUUGCAUACCGAUAGAUAAAUAGGUAGCUGUGCUGAAUCACAUUUCCUAUUCAAUGUUCAAGUCAACUUUGAAAAUUGAGAAAAUGAAAUUCCUUCUUGCAUCUGAGAGGAAAUUAGAUUACCAUACUUCUUCACGCUGACAAAGGUCGAUCAAUAGAACAUUUACUAAUUGUUUUUCUACGAACGUGCUUACAUUUUAUACACCUGUUUCCUAAAAGCAGCACUUCAGAGCGAGAGCACACGCACACAGACCUCCUGAAUACACAUUAAAGUGAAGUAAAAUGUUGUAAAUGUCAAAAUAUAAAUGUUUUAUAAAAAAAAAAGCUUAAUGUGCAGCCAACCGUCUACAGUUCUUAUCUUGUUGCCCUCUUAGAUUCAUAAUACUGGAUGAAAGUAAGUUUAGGCAAGUCAAUUUCAGAAAUCUGGCGUUUGCAUUUCAGCUACUGUGUAAGAGAUAUAAUACAUUAAACAGGAAGAUGAUUAUGACGACAAACUGUCAAAUGUGUUUUGUGCACUCCUUUUGUAUAAUAAUAAAAAAAAAAAAAAUCUUAAGCAGCGUAAUUUGGGAAACUCUUUAUUUGUAAAAUGGAUUUGACUUAAAUUUAGCCUGAGAUGCUUUUGGUGCUUAUUCUCAUUCUUUAAAUUUGAUUUGAGAGUUUGUUUUUUCCUGAUUUUCUUUUAAAUGUCUUUUAUUUGGGAUGUAGCUUUGGUAAGGCCUUGUGGUUCAUUAAAGGUUAUGUUUUGUGCAGUACGGACGAGCCAGAGGAAAAGGUUGUGGUUCACACUAAAAAUGUCUGUGCAAGACCGUUAGAGCGAUAAUAGUACAGUACAAGCAUCUGUCGGGUUGUUUUCUUGUUGUGGAGAAAGUGAGCAGGCUGAAAUUGUUCUGUUAUUUUCUUGAUUUUGCUCUUUAAAGAUGUGCAGCGGGUGCUUGGGCUCUACAGACAUUCACCACCGAGUACACUGAGCAAGUGGCAGCACAUGUUCAGCAAAGUGUGCUGAACAGAGGAGAUCUCUGUACCAUCACAGCCGCUGAUUGUUGGACAUUUCCUGGGACAUUGGCAAAAAAAACAAAUCAUUGUCUGUUUGCAGCUGAAAACGUAUUAAAGACAAAUACAAUGUAGACUGCAUACUCAAUCAUUGUGUAAAAUAAUAUUAAAGACAAAUACAAUGUA